AUGGCCGCCCCUAUGCCUCGCGGAUGUCGCUCCGUCGCCGAAUACAGUUUCCGCGAGGAACAAACUGAUGCCAUUGUUCGAGCCGCCGCCUACCAUCGCAAAGACUUCUGUCGCUCCGUGAUAUGGUUCUCGCCUCGCGAACACGCCGGCAUUCGUAUGCCGAUAGCAACACCCUUCCCGCAGACUUCUAGUACAGGACUCGGCUCUCUCGAUCGACUACCCCUUGAGCUCUUAUACGACGUAUUAUUACGUCUGGAUAUGUAUUCAAUAUUCAACUUUCGACAAACAAAUCUCAAAUCGAGAGAGACGGUAGACUCUCUUAAGGAAUACCAGGCGGUGGUUUCGCAUGGACUAAGCCUUCUCUGCGCCUUGUCACGGACACGACUUGCCGUCAGCGUUUCUCUAUCCGACUUUUACCGCGAAUUUUGUACCAAGGCUUGUACUCUUUGCGGUGAAUUUGGCGGAUUUAUAUCGCUCCUCCCCUGGACUCGGUGCUGUUUUAAAUGCCUCCAAGCGGCCCCGGAAACCCAACUGCAACCUCUUGCCGCUGUCCGGAAGCAAUUCCACUUGACCAAGGCCCAACUAGACCAACUCGCGUCAUUCAAGACUUUGCCUGGGACAUAUUCGACGAAGGAAACCGGAUACAGAUCUCGAACUAAGGUCGUUUCUGUGCAUCAGGCCAAAUUGGUUUCCGGAAAUCAACCGCACCCUCUCACGCAGACACUGGUCGAGUCGAAUACCGAAUAUCGUGUUCGGGGUGUCAAAUCGCUCUCGAAAAAGACAUCAUCGGCUCGAGGGGCGAGAAAUGGGCAUUUGAGGCUCGCGACAAGGUAUAUGCGCAAGAUGGCUUUUUGGAGCAUUUCCGAUAGUGCAAACAGGCACAGCUCCUGUGGAGAUCGAGUGGCGAAGGUAAAAACCUGCCAACUGAGCUACCAGAGGCUGCUCUGA